GCUGUCAAAUGACGCCAGUGUUGCUCAUUUGAGCGCAAGAGACAGGCGGGACUGUUUGCAUUGAGAUGUUAAGUGGGCUGUCUCUAUAUAAAUCCACUCAGGGUCAACUCCUUCACUUGUGCGCCAGAAGGGGAGAAAGAGAUUAACUUCAAGGAACUCAGGAAAACAGAAUGGUGGCGACGACAGACUGCGCAGAAAAAUCCAAACCCUUCGCUGGAAACAAGGUGUCCAAACCAGUCAUGGAAAAGAAACGAAGAGCACGCAUAAACAAGAGUUUGGACCAGUUAAAAUCUCUUCUGGAGAGCUACUACAGCACCAGUAUUCGAAAGCGCAAACUGGAAAAGGCCGACAUCUUGGAGCUCACCGUGAACCACCUAAGGAACCUCCAAAAGAUCCACAGCUGCACUGCCGCUGCUUCCGAGUUUUCUGAUUACCAAAGUGGCUUCCGCCGCUGCCUGGCGAAUGUCAACCAGUAUCUGCUGAUGGCGGAUAACCUGAACGGGAGCGACCGCUGGACGUUAUCGCAGCUUUCUAAUAAACUCCACCGCUCCCGGGGACGGGAGGAAGUCUUCAGCACCACGGACAGCGGCCAGUGCCAGGCGGACACACAGGAGGAGGAGCGGGAUCUCUUUCCAUCGGCAGUGGCACCUGAGGAGAGAAAAACGGCCACAUCUAAAGCUCUGAAACUCAGUUGCCCCAACACGUCUCCUUCUUCACCGAGUGAAGACACACGGCAGCCUACUGGAAACAAACAGGCUGUCCUUGUUGUGGCCCCCACACAAAAUAGUCAGGACAAGAGUUCCAGUCACAAGAAGUUUCACUCGGUCAGUCACAGAAAUGAAGCCGCAAACGCUCAGAACAACGUGUGGCGACCUUGGUAGCCUGGAGCUGAUGAAAACAUGUAGAUAUCCUAAGUCAUAGCUUGACUGAAUGUUUACAAUUGCACUGUAGCCUAUACAUUUCCACAAUAUGCUAUUACCUAUAAACACUGUAUAUGUUUUAUUUUCUUAAUAAAA